UAACGAUUUAAGGUCAAGCAGGUAACGAUGGGCAUCAUCUAGACUUUACGGUGGUUCCGUUUCGGCUCAAAACCGUAGAAAAUGAAGAUAUUCCAAAUGGUUGUUAGUGAGAUAACGAUUAAUCGAGUAGUGGUGAGUAGAAUUAGAGGUAUAGGAAUAACUUGUUUCUCUUAAAUUUAGUAAAGACACAAAAUUUCAUAUUUCGUUUAGAAAUUCAAAAAAAAAAACAUCAGAAUUAGACUAUUAGUGGGAUCUUUUUUCUAUUAUUAUUAUUCAAUUAGUGAUUUUUUUUAAAAUGUCAAAUUCCACCAUGUUUAAUUUAUUCUUCUAUUUGUAUAAUCAUUUGUAUAAAAAGUGUCAAAUUACUCAUUUCUUUUAUCACACUGAUGCUAUGCCGAGUGGUAGGUUGGAUAAUUAAAUUGAUUACAACUUCUUGAACAACGUUUAGCUAAGUUUGAUUACGAAUGAGUACCUCGAUUUUUCAGUAAAAUCCAAAUUUAUUCUAUAACUUUCACGUAUAUUUUACACCAAAAAAAACUUUCACGUAUAUUUGGGGUUUGACUAACUUUGACUAAUGUAUUUAAGUGAUACAUUGUGAUUACGGCUAAGAUUGGUAUCUAUUUACAAAUCCUCAAUUAAAAUUUACUGGACCGUACAUAUACUAGCUAGCAAUCACCCGUAGUUUCAUUAACACGCAAAAUUGAAAGUAGCGUAUUUCGUAAAUCUAGGAAAUAAUAGGAUAUUACAAAUUAGAUUGAAAGGGUUAAGUUUCAUUUUAUGGAAUCUUUCCAUAAUAAUGAAAUUAUUAUUAUGACGAGCAUUUAACACCUCAAAUUAGCAUAAGUAUAAUGAAGAGACAAAAACUUCCUUAACUGACUUCAAACUAUGGGUAUAUAAAUAAAUGUCGGAAUAUUUUUUUCCUUAAAGAAGUCUUUUAUUUGUGUAACUAGGGUUAACUCAAUAUUUUUGUGAUCUCCUCUCUCAUCAUUGCUCCUCACCAUGGAAGAUGGAGAACGUUCAUCAACAGCUUGCUUGCCGCUCAAGGAAGAAAAGCUCCAACAAAACCCUAAAACAACCAAAGGUAGACAGAAGAUAGAGAUCAAACAGAUCAGCGAGGAGAGCAAGAGGCAAGUGACGUUUUCAAAACGCAGAACGGGACUUUUCAAAAAAGCGGCAGAGUUAAGCGUCCUAUGCGGCGCACAGAUCGGUAUCAUAACGUUUUCACGUCGCGGAAGGAUCUACACGUUUGGUAACGCGGACACACUCGUUGAAAACUACUUGCGGAGGACGCCCGUGAUGCUGAGGUCACAUCCCGGUGGUGACAUGGCAAACGAAGGUGAGGAGGUAGACGGUUUGAAGUGGUGGGAGAGGACGGUGGAGAGUGUGCCGGAGGAGGAGAUGGAAGAGUACAUGACGGCUUUGAAUGGGUUAAGGGACAAUUUAUGGACGAGGAUCUGUCAGCUGGGUGGUGAUCAGACGGUUCAGAUGAAUGCUCCGGUGUUUCAGAAUCAGAUGGCUGAGAUUGAAUGGAAACUGACGGAUGAGAAUGUGACGGUUAGGAAUGAUCAAGGUCAAGCAGGUGACGAUGGAUACCUAGACGUUGCGGCUGGUACGUUUCUGUCUCAAAUCCGUAAGCGAUGAAGUGUUUUCUUGAUAUGUAUUACACUUUGGUGUUAUAUUUAUGUAUUGUAUGUUUAUCUAAAUUAUUUACAUUCGUUUAACUCAUGUGUUUCACGUUUGAUAUGGACUCGUUUAGCUCAAUUAACUCAGACGUUUAAUAUUGUUAAAAUGUUACACAAAAGACCCUGUUAUAUUGUCCAUUCUAAAGUAAAUACUUGACACAACGAAGCUGUCUACAAAGGGAAAGGCGUUGGUUGGUACAGAGUCCCAGCUGUCAGACUUACCACUCUUCAAUCUAUAUGAUACCUUUCCUAUAGUUAGAUGAAGUACACGACUUUCCGUGUGCGUUCGGGGGAUGCUCAUUCAAGUGAUGAGAGUCCAUUCCUUGAAUUCAUAGCU